AUGCAGCUGCCGCCGCCACUCACACUGGCGGAGCGUGGGGCGCUGCAGCAGCUGCUUUCUCUGCGGCUGCCCUCGGCAGGGGAUGCGGCAGCGGCUCUUGCAGAGUCUCGGCUGCUGCUGCUGCAGCUCGCGGCGGAGUACCUGGUAGUGUCGAAAAGCGGCAGCAGCACCGGCGGCGGCAGCGCGGCCGCACUGGACCCGGUCGCGCGCUUCCACUGCUCUAACGGCGCCGCCCUGCGGCGCAUCAAUUGGGGGGCUGACUUGUCGCCAGACGGCUGGCAGCGCAGCCUGGGGCUCAUGGCCAACUACAGCUACGACCUGGCGCGCCUGGAGGAGCGCGCCCGCUGGUACGCGGAGACGGGGCGGGUCGAGGCCGCGCCCGGCGUGCUGCAGCUGCUCGCAGGCGGCCGCAGCGGCAGCUGA